AUGGCGGCGGGCGGCGCCAUAUUGGAAAGCGACAAGACCCUGGGGACGAGGUUAAAAGUUUUUCAGAGGAUGCGAUCAUUCUGGUCAGCACCAAGAAUAACAAAGAUGGCGGCCAGAGCAUUGCACAGAGUAUGUUGUUCGGCUGUUUAUUGCCAAGUUUCAAGACACGUUUCAUCAUUGUUUCGGCUUCAGAUGACAAAUACAUCAGUGAAGCAUAACAAAGGAUUUCAGUUAUUUUAUCGAGGGUUUUUUGUUUCCAAAGGUUCGUGACGUUCUUUCAGCGUUCUUUGCAAGGUUUAAAAAGCAGCGUGGAUAUAAGCUUAUGUGACAACAUCACGAAUACAAGUUUAAAAAGAUCAAUACGCCUACGCUAAAGUUAGCAUUAUUACUAACCAUGGAAUACAUAUAAAUCAAUAUAUUAGAAAUCCGGAUUAGAAAACUCAAAAGGUUUCGAAACAUUUCUACACCCUUAACUGUUGACUGACCUUACUCACUGUUUACAAACAUUUCCUCCGCAGUUAUAUACCGGUAUGAUUUUCAUAUAUUCAUAACUUCAUUUCUUUUGUUUACAGUCACAUGUGUAUUGAAUGUAACAAAAGAAUAUUCUAUUUCAAGAACCAAUGCGCCUCUGCUUGGUAAUUAAUAUCAUGGGUGACAUGCGCAUUAGUAAGGCAUAAUACCUAUGUCAAUUCCUUCCCAACUGCUCCCUAGGGAAUUUGUUGGAUACUUGACGGGCUGUGAGUUCCCAUAUAAGCACUUAUAUAGAGAGAUUUAGAAUGACACAUCAACAAUUGGCAAUGUGAAAUAAUUGUACCAUGUGACCAAGUCUUCAGUUACUUGUCAUGUGCUAUUGAUCAUUUGUACACAGCAAUAAGGUGUCUCUUGUUAUGGUCAUCUGUCAGAUUUAUUUUGGACAGUUUUUAUCUGUUCACUUCCCAAUUACUUGAGAAAGUCUCAACUUGCGUCUCACGUUUGCCAUUUGCCGUAAACGUGACUCCAGAUCUCUCUAUUAUUCAAAAGUGUAUUUGUCCACAUAAAUAUUUUGUUUUGUUUAGUUUCCUCAGCCGAGUACUCAGACACAGAAUGGAAAACAAAACUUACUCCUGAUCAAUACUGGGUCUGCAGGCAAAAAGGAACUGAGCCGGUAAGACCAAGUAAUAAUAACUGAUUGCAGGCUAAGGUCCAAAAUUUCUUAUUGUCAAAGAAACUUUGUCUUGUGGUUUCGAUCACAUCCCCAGGGUUUUUUCGUGAACAUGACCUCAAAAAUUAAUGAUCUCUUAUGUGGGGAUGUUGAAAAUUACUUCCAGUGUUAUUCAUUGCAUGUAUUCAUUCUAAGAAUAGCUCUAAACAGGCCAUGUACUAAACAACUUGUUAACCUUGUCCAUUCGGUUAUUACAGAGAAAUCUCAGACCUUGGCCUUGAUGUAUUGUCAGAGCCAUCGGUCUGAGAUUUCCCUGUAAUGACCUCACUCUUGGUUACUUAGUAGUACUUACGUUGUUAUUGAACCUAGAUUUAUUUACCAGACAUACUGAUGUAGUAGCUGUACUUAGACUCUUCUCGUGCCGCUGUGUCUAUCCCAGCUCCUCUCAGUGUUUACUAUUGAUAUUAUAAUAAAAUUCACCUAUUUGCUUCUAGCCGUGGUCAGGUGAAUAUGUUGAAUUUAAAGGCAAAGGAAAAUACAAGUGUGUUUGCUGUGGAAGUGACCUGUUUAGGUAAGCAAUCCUGGCAAUAUAUUCUGUCUACUUAGCCCGUAGCCUCUUAAAAAAGAUGAUUUUGCACUAGCAAAUCCUCUUAGUAGUUCUUCUGCCACAGCCCUUAAAAGACUUACAAUAUCUUUUUGCCACAUGAAAGAUCUCUUCUGUCCAAAUUCUUGCUCCCAAAUACAGUCAGGAGGAUAAUCAAGCAAACCUCAUGAGGAUAGGGAAAACUUAUGAUAGGAUUUUUUGUCACAGUAUUGUCCACCAGAGCUACUCUAAAUAACUUCAUACUACAGAAAUCAGUUUAUCCUGAGCUUCUUGUCUUGUUAAUGCUCCUUUACCUGACAGUGUAAAUCUUUUCUUUGGGUACAGUUCAUCUGCGAAGUUUGAAUCCGGAACAGGAUGGCCAUCAUUUAAUGCUGCAAUAGAAACAAUUAGCUCCAACGAUGCAAGUUCUCUUCAACUGUCAGUUGCUGAAAAAACUGACUAUAGUUACGGCAUGGUCAGAACUGAAGUUCUUUGUCGGCAGGUAAAAUCAAGAUUUCUUUCCCUAUGAGGUAGUUACCCCACACGCAAACGAGCUUGCUCGCUGGAUAUGGAGUGCCAUUAUUUACUCACAUUAAUACUUAUAAAAUUUUGGACUUGCCAAUGUGCACUUUCUUGAUGGUGCAACCUAUUUAAAACUUGUUGUUUGCAAAGAGCAGCACAGUACUAUGCAGUUUUCUUUUGUUUAAAACUGAGAAUAAAUCUGUCUUGAAAUAUGGGGUAUACAGGUCUCCCUUUUUCUUUAAAGAUAAUCUGUCAUGUAGAUCUAUAUUAGAAGUUAUGGUCAUGUGACUUCAUAAUUUAUUCUGGGUAGAAUGUAUUAUUUUGUAGUCGAGCACUCAAUUCAUUUGAUUGAAGAGCAUGUACUCACUUAGAUAUUAAAAACUUUCAAACUAUUUUCUUACUAAUUAUUUUUUUCAUUUUACUUGACAGUGUGAUUCUCAUCUUGGUCAUGUGUUCCCAGAUGGCCCUGCGCCUACUGGUCUCAGAUACUGCAUUAACAGCAUUUCACUCAAAUUUGAACCAGAAAAUAACAGUACAAGAUCAGAUACAACUUGA